AUGGAGACACAGAGAAGACGAGCGUUCAAUGUAAUAUUUAUUAAUGGCAUGGCUCCAAGGAGAGGUUCUUUGGAUAUUUUAAAUCCUUCAUACUUCAGAACAAAGGAUUUUUUAACCUCAAAUCAGACUAAUUCCAGCAAUAAAAUUAUUGAAAGGUUCAGUUCGACAUACAGUAAUAACCAGAAAGAGUUACGGAGGCAGCUUCAGUUAAUCUCAGCAAAGGCUCGCACUUAUAAAGUAGCUGAAACUCAAACAGCAUUUGAGUUGGAAAUGUUAGAAGAUGCGAUUGAUGAGCAAAACGAACCAAAAGUGAUGCGGAUUCGUCUCUUAGAAAUGCUGGCUCUUAACAGAAGGCUUGUUUCAAAGAACCAGAAGUUGGAAGAUGACGCGAAAAGUCUAGAACAGCGCCUGCAAACUGAGUAUCAAACCAAUCUUGAAAAGGUCAAAGAAGAGGCUGAGAAAAAUUUGCAGUUUAUGCUUGAAGAGCACAACAAGGAACUAGUAAAGCUAAAAUCCCGAUUCAAAGAAGAGGUUGAGAAAAAAGAAAAAAUUAUCAGAUUUACACGGCUUGAGGUUACAAAAUUAAACGAGGAAGUAGAUAAACACGAAAGAGUGGCCAAACAAACCAAAAACGAUAUUAUAAAACUGGAGGCAGAAAACCGAAUUUUGACUGAUGAAAACAAAUCGUUGCGCCGGAACAUCCAGCUGGUGAAUGUAGAAUCUAAGUUGUAUUUACAGAAGGAAGCUGCAUACAUCGAAAGUUUAACAAGAAAGUGCGCAGAAAGUGAAAAAGCCAAAAAGGUGAUAAUAGAGAAUUUUCGGCACCUUGAAAAAGAACGCGAUAAUCUCGCUGCACUUGUGAAAGCCAAUAUCAAUCUGGUACGUAAAUCAAAUGAAGAAAAGUCAAAAAAACUUAUCAAAAAAAUCGCUAUGUUUGAGCACCAACUUGACAAAUAUGAACUACCAUAG